CCCCGCGCCAGGGCGCCGGGGCAGCCCAGGGCCCUGUGCGAGGCCUGCGGCGCGGCUCCUCGGGAGGAGGUGGCAGCUGUGGCGGCCGGAACCGCGACCUUGGCCGGACCCAGCCCCGCGGUGGACGCAGGGCGGAGGCCGAGCACCGCCAGGAGUCUUUGCCGAGCCGGAGGGAGGCGCAUCUGGCGCUUCGGUACCAACGGGAGCCGGGGGUCCGGAACUGCUGGAGGAGCGCAGUGGGAACUGGGAAUAGCUAGACCGGCUGGAGGGCGGACCCCUGCGUUCCUGAACCGGGUCUCAAGCACCUCUGGCGGUGAAGCCACGCGUCUUUUCGGGCAGCCAGUUUGACUCGCCCCUGUGUGCCGUUCCGGGCAUCCCAGUAAGCUCUAGCUCCGGGGAGUGGGUAACGGGAAGCGCAGAGCCAAAUCCCCGGCGCCCAGGUCGCCUCCCUAGACCCAGCCUUGCGGGGACAGGGCUUCAGAGCUCACGGACCCGACAGCCAGGUCAGACCGCGAACCGGGAGAAGCGCGAGCCCCACCCUAAAGAGAGGGCGCAGCCGGGAGCUGGGGAGCGGGUGCCGCACUCCAGAGGUUGUGUCGUGGGCGCCGUCCUAGUGGCGGGGAGCGCACCGCCGAGGGGACAUGAGAUCGGAGAAAUCCCUUACGCUGGCGGCGCCGGGGGAGGUCCGUGGGCCGGAGGGGGAGCAACAGGAUGCGGGAGACUUCCCGGAGGCCGGCGCGGGCGGGGGCUGCUGUAGCAGCGAGCGGCUGGUGAUCAAUAUCUCCGGGCUGCGCUUUGAGACACAAUUGCGCACCCUGUCGCUGUUUCCCGACACGCUGCUCGGAGACCCUGGCCGCCGGGUCCGCUUCUUCGACCCCCUGAGGAACGAGUACUUCUUCGACCGCAACCGGCCCAGCUUCGACGCCAUCCUCUACUACUACCAGUCGGGGGGCCGCCUGCGGAGGCCGGUCAACGUGCCCCUGGACAUUUUCCUGGAGGAGAUCCGCUUCUACCAGCUCGGGGACGAGGCUCUGGCGGCCUUCCGGGAGGACGAGGGCUGCCUGCCCGAGGGUGGCGAGGACGAGAAGCCGCUGCCCUCCCAGCCCUUCCAGCGCCAGGUGUGGCUGCUCUUCGAGUACCCGGAGAGCUCUGGGCCCGCCAGGGGCAUCGCCAUCGUCUCUGUGUUGGUCAUUCUCAUCUCCAUAGUCAUCUUUUGCCUGGAGACCUUGCCCCAGUUCCGUGUAGAUGGGCGAGGUGGAGGGAAUGGUGGUGGUGUGAGCCGCGUCUCCCCAGUUUCCAGGGGGAGUCAGGAGGAAGAAGAGGAUGAAGAGGAUUCCUACACAUUUCAUCAUGGCAUCACCCCUGGGGAAAUGGGGACCGGGGGCUCGUCCUCACUCAGUACUCUUGGGGGCUCCUUCUUUACAGACCCCUUCUUUCUGGUGGAGACCCUGUGCAUUGUCUGGUUCACUUUUGAGCUCCUGGUGCGCUUCUCCGCCUGCCCCAGCAAGCCGGCCUUCUUCCGGAACAUCAUGAACAUCAUUGACUUGGUGGCCAUCUUUCCCUACUUCAUCACCCUGGGCACUGAGCUGGUGCAGCAGCAGGAGCAGCAGCCAGCCAGUGGAGGAGGCGGCCAGAAUGGGCAGCAGGCCAUGUCCCUGGCCAUCCUGAGAGUCAUCCGCCUGGUCCGGGUGUUCCGCAUCUUCAAGCUCUCCCGCCACUCCAAGGGGCUGCAGAUCCUGGGGAAGACCUUGCAGGCCUCCAUGAGGGAGCUGGGGCUGCUCAUCUUCUUCCUCUUCAUCGGGGUCAUCCUCUUCUCCAGUGCCGUCUACUUCGCGGAGGCUGACGAUGACGAUUCACUCUUUCCCAGCAUCCCGGAUGCUUUCUGGUGGGCGGUGGUUACAAUGACCACGGUAGGUUACGGGGACAUGUACCCCAUGACUGUGGGGGGCAAGAUCGUGGGUUCGCUGUGUGCCAUCGCUGGGGUCCUCACCAUCGCCCUGCCCGUGCCGGUCAUCGUCUCCAACUUCAACUACUUCUACCACCGGGAGACGGAGCAGGAGGAGCAAGGCCAGUAUACCCACGUCACUUGCGGGCAGCCUGCGCCAGACAUGAAGGCAACUGACAACGGACUUGGCAAGAGUGACUUCCCCGAGGCUAACCGGGAACGGAGACCCAGCUACCUUCCUACUCCACACCGGGCCUUUACAGAGAAAAGAAUGCUCACGGAGGUCUGACCCAUGUGGGCAGGGCCUGCAGCGGGGGAGCACUGAGCUAACAGUCUCUUAGGCUUCCUUCUCAUUUUCACUACUCACUCUAGCUUCAGUUGACUUCUUGACUCUCUCCCCUACAUCCACUACCUGGCAUCCAGGACCAAAUACCUGGACUAUCAGCCUUGUUGGCUAAUCCCUGCAGCAUUCAAGGUUAAUCCAUCUAAGUGACGUUUUUGAAAUUCCAACGGUGCCACCCAAUCAUGCCCAUCUUCUGUCACAUGGAUGAGACACACAUUCAGGUCUGACCUUCCCUCAAGACUGACUUUUCAUGUCUGGGACUUGUAAUAUCUCCAGGAACAGCAAUGUCAACAGGAUGGAAGCCAGCCAUACCUGAGUCUUUGUUCUCUCCUUAGUGCCCUUUGCUUUGGGUCAUGUGCGUUUCCUAGCUUUAGGCCACUUGGUAACUGGAAGAGGCUGGAGGACAGAAGCAGUACUCAACUUGCUGUUAUCCCAGUGCUCUGUAACACCCGCUGGGCAUCCUGCAGAUGACACUUGGCAGUGUCUUUAUUUGCACAGCCUCAAAAUAGGUUUUUCUUUUGGAAACUUGGGUGGAAUUAGA